UAGCAUCUCUUCCUCACUCCUUCCUCCUAUCCUCUUUUCUUUUUGGAAAUCUAGACAUUGAGGACCUAUAGAAUUUGCUUUCUCUCUUCUCUUUGUGUUUGUCCUUAUAAAGUCACCACCCAUCUCUCUCCUAGCAGAAGCCAGCUGCACCCAAACAGAUGACAUGAGCAGCGGCAGCCUUGUGCUCCCAACAAGUCAAGAUUCCCAGCAUCAAGCCUAUGCAUGACAGAAGCUACCUGUGCCCAUCUGAUACUACAUACUCAACACCGGCCACACCAUACUGCCUAGCUCGCUUGUACAGUAGUACACAGAGACAUACAUGCACAGGCAUGCAUGCAUCAGCUAGCUGCUUCCAUCUCCUUAUAAAUCUGAUCCACGCCUCAUCUCAGCACGAAAAAGUAGCAGCUUCGCAUUGAUCAAUCUUCAUUCUUGGCCAUAAAAGGAAGGCCGCGCGCAUGGCGACGGUGGUGACGACGGCGAACAAGGGUGCAAGGAAGAGCCUGAUAUCAAGGACCCUGGACCGGUGCAAGUCCGGACUGAGCGCCGGCGGCAGCGCUGGCCGGGUAGCGUCGCCUGUGGCGGGGUGCUUCUCGGUGUACGUUGGCCCCGAGCGAGAGCGCUUCGUGGUGCGCGCCAAGUGCGCCAACCACCCGCUGUUCCGGCGCCUCCUCGACGACGCCGAGCGCGAGUACGGGUACGCGGCGCAGGGCCCGCUCGCGCUGCCCGGCUGCGACGUCGACGAGUUCCUCGACGUCCUGUGGCAGAUGGAGCGCGACGGCGUCGGCGACGGGUGCGGCGACGUCCCCGCGGCCGCGUCGUCGUCUCCCAUAUGCGGCCUGCGGAGCGGCAGCAAGGGCCGUGCGGCCGGGUACCGGAUGCUGAGCCCGAGGUCUUCUCCGUUGUUCGGUACGAGGAGGUGAGGAGAAAGAAGUUGGUUAAGCACGAGCUCGAUCGAUCAUGCGAUCAACACAUGUUCUUUAUGAUGCUAACCAUGAUUAAUCAGUGGUGCUUAAUCCAUCCGUAGCAGAGUCUGAGGUUUGUGCUCGCCUCACCAAGUUUGCGUGCAGUUAGAUCUAUAUAUACAGUCGCAUCAACUCUCACCCAUAUAAACAGAAGUUUGCUGAUCAUAUAUUAGUCUCAAAGUACAGGUUUAGCUUAGAUUGAUAGGUUCCUACAUAGAGUUGAAAGAACUCUAUGUGUGCUGAACUAGUACAAGGAGAAUUGAUAUGAUCUUUUGUCAUUUCGGGUAGUGUUUUUCGAUCAGCACAUCUGUAACAUACGGUUUAUGGUGUAACAAAGCAGUCACUGGUCAAUAUAUAGGAAGUG